UCGGAAGAAACUAGCGCAACCAUGAGUAGCAUGAGGGUGCUUGGAUUGGAUAAAACUCCAAACUAUGUUGGGGAAGAUGAGUAUGUGUACACUAUAAAGCUAUAUUAUGGAGGUGUUCUAGUUGUACAUCCUUAUUUAGACUAUUUGGGAGGAAAGGUGGAAUAUUUUGAUUAUUGGCCUGGUGAUCAUGGUUCUAUGUUAGGUUUAAGACAAAUGAUUAAAUCAUUGAGAUAUGAUGAUAGAAAAGUUCAAUUUUGGUAUAAAUAUGGGGAUUGCACCUCACUUAAAAUAAGGAGAAUAGAUAGAGAUAAGGAUGUGAUUGACCUUAAUUUUGAGAUACCUAAAAACAAAGAAGUAGAGAUAAUUGUUGAGCAUUUGGAGAAGGAAAACUGGAACUAUGAUGUUAAUGUAGACUACUACAUUGAUGAAGAGUUGCAGAAGAUAUAUGAGAGGGUGAAAUGUCAUGAUAAUAGCAAAGAAUUAGAGGUUGAAUCACAGAAGUAUGCAAGUAUGGAAGAGAAGAAAAUCAGUUUGGUGCUACAAACAAUACUGCAAUAGAA